AGGUUCUAGAGGGGUGAAUGAGGUCGGGCCUCUCUUCGGUGUCCAUCCUUCUUCAGGGUGCAUGUAUCAGGCGUCGAACAGAAUCUGCGUUUGCUACACUGUGAAUGAGGAGGAGAAGCAAUGACUCAAGAAGAGAGUUGUUGCAGAGUUUGCAGCAGGGGCUUAUACAGCUGCCACUGGAGGAAUUCAGGAAAAACUCAUAGAAAAAACGCAUGCUGCUGGUUCUCAGUCGUCACUCUGGUUUCGGUGCUUUCCCUGAGCUGGAUGUACAUCUGUCUGAUUACUUUUAAUGACCAAGAAGACGUUAACUGGAAGGGCUUCACCAAACUGAAGACAUGGGUGAACUGGUUCAUGGUGCUGAUCAUCAUUUCUGCAGUGAUAACCUGCUACUGUGUUCUGAUACUGCUCUUUGCAUUGUUCCAAGUUGCCUUAGGAGAACCUCUCAACUUACACUGGCUGCACAAGAUUUUCUUAUUUUUUGGUGUUCUAUUCAUCGUUUUCGGGGUCGCAGGAAUUUCUCUCCAGUGGCGACAAGAAUGGCCGACAGUUCUCCUCUCACUGCAGGCCUCGGCUCCUUUCCUGCAGUUUGGUGCUGUUGGAGCGCUAACCCUGCUGAGCUCGUUCGUCUUCAAGGGCUUCCACUCGGCCAGAGGGAAAUGGUCCAAGUUCCUGAUCGCAGUGAUAUUUGUAACGAUGUCCGCCACCAUCUUCCUGUGUCCCCUGAUCAUCCAGUCUCCAUGUCUGAUAGAAAAGCAUGAAAUACCUGAAAAACCAAACCUCUAUGGUCACCGAGGCGCACCGAUGCUGGCCCCGGAGAACACCAUGAUGUCGUUUGAAAGCAGCAUCACAUGCGGCGUGACAGCCUUUGAGACAGACGUGCAACUCAGUAAAGACAGAAUUCCCUUCCUGAUGCAUGACAAUGAGUCUUUCGGGUUCUUGUUGAGAACGACAGACGUAAAGAAGAAAUUCAAUGACAAAGACUUCAGCAGCAGCAGCAACCUCACCUGGAAAGAGUUACAGACUUUGAAUGCAGGUGAAUGGUUCCUAGAGACAGAUCCUUUCCGUUCGGUGUCCAGCCUCUCAGAAGAGGAGAAGAAAACAGCAAAGAAUCAGAGCAUACCCUCCUUACUUCAGCUCCUGAACCUCGCUAAGCAGCACAACAUCUCAGUGAUAUUUGACCUUUAUAGUCCCAAUCAGGAGAAUGACACAGUUGACACAGUGGACACUAUCUUGAGAUCUGGCAUUGACCAAAGCCUGAUCCUGUGGCUUCCUCCAGCAGAGAGAGAAUAUGUGAGAAAGACGGCUCCAGGAUUCAUCCAGGUUUAUAACAACGAAUCUGAAAUGCUGGACAAUGGAGAGGACCACCUGAAUGUGAAAUACAGCAAGUUUAGUACAGAUGAAAUCAGGGUUCUUCGGAGCAUGAACAUCACGGUGAACCUGUGGGUGGUUAAUGAUCGCUGGCUGUUCUCUCUGCUGUGGUGUGCAGGGGCCAGCUCCGUUACCACCAACUCCUGCCACCUCCUAAAGGAGAUGCAGCAGCCUGACUGGACCUUGGGGCCUUCUACAUACAGAAUAAUCUGGAUUAUAGUGGACAUUGUAUCUUUUCUGAUAAUGAUUGGACUCUACAUCUUUCAGAGGAAAACAUACUGUUUCCGUCACAGAAAAGGAGCAGAGAAGCAAGGAGACAAUAUUUCUGCCUGGAACGAGAAAGAACUCUCUCCCUUCUUACCGACGGCGUAGCUCGCCAGACUCCAGCAUGAGAUUUUUCCAGUUAGAAACUGAUGUGGAUCUUUGUCUGCACCGCCUGAAUCCUUUGGACGUACAUCAGGAAGAAAGUUAAUGUGAAUAACAUAUACUGUAUUUUAAAGCCAUGGAAAUAAGAAUAUUGUUUUUUUUCAGACGCAUUAAUCAAAUAAGUGCCACUGGGUGGCAGUUUUACCUUUAUGUUUUUGUAUAAGUCUAGCUGGUUAACUGGGUCUUAAUCAUUCUUCUGUUACUACUUAAAGUACGAAGCUUUUCUCUGAUUGUAUCACUGCAACGUGCACGGUAGAUCUGCACUGGAUUUCCUCUUGGCACUUUAUGUCAUUUUAAUGUUGUUUCUUCUGUUGUUGCUGUUUUGAUUUGUCACAAAACUUUUUUUCAUGGUGUCACCACAGCAGAAAAUACAUGUAGGCCUAUGAACUGUAACCUGAGCCAAAAGCACUACAACUAUUUUCUACACUGAACUGUGUCUUUGUAAUUCUCAACAUGAAUAAAUACUUUAUAAUUUUUUUUAAAACAAACAAGAAAAAUCUGAUUUCUGUA